ACAGACCCCAAAGAUCUGUAAUUAUCCUAGGAUUGCUGUGGGGGUUUGCCUGCUUUUUCCUCGUUAUUUUGCGUGUGCGAGCCCAUGUGCGUUUGUUUGUGCCUGUGAUCCUUCUCGUUCUCGGCGUUUGUUGUCCCACUUUGGUCCUGGAGGGCUGGUGCGAGAGCUCUCACGCGUGUGUGUUAAGUGUGGGGGGUCCCGGCCGUGCCAAAAAAGAUCUGCUGAAGAGUCCGAGGGAGGCGGGCAGGGCUAUUUUUGUUCGAAGCUGAUACCUUUUGCUUGGGUUGAAGUCGCUGCCUGGGAGAGGGCUCAGGUUAUUUCCCGAGGGGGGGCAGAACUGGGCAGAAGAGACCUAAAGUUCAACGAAGUCCCAAGAAGCAGCUAGAACAGCGAGGAAAAAGCAGGGGCCCCCCACAAGUGAACAGUACACCCUCGGGCUGGGCCAGCUCCAGUACCCCGAAGCUUUCUUCAGUCUGCCAUCUGAACUGCACCUUUUUGAAACUGAUUAACACUCACCCCUGCCACCAUGACUGAGAUCACAGCAGAAGGUCACACAUCUACAACCACCACUGUGAUAGAUGGCAAAAAUGGAUCUGUGCCCAAGACAUCUGGAAAAGUACUGAAAAGAUCAGUGACAGAAGAUAUUGUCACGACAUUCAGCUCUCCAGCUGCAUGGCUCCUAGUUAUUGCCCUAAUCAUUACUUGGUCAGCUGUGGCAGUUGUCAUGUUUGAUCUAGUGGAUUACAAAAACUUUUCAGCAAGCUCAAUUUCCAAGAUUGGCUCUGACCCUCUAAAAAUUGUCCAUGAUGCUGUGGAAGAAACUACAGAUUGGAUCUAUGGAUUUUUUUCUUUGUUGUCUGAUAUCAUAUCUUCUGAUGGUGAAGAAGAUGAUGAUGACGAUGAUGGAGUUGAUACCGAUGAAGAAGAAGAAGAAGAGCCUCCCUUGAAAAAAAAGGAAAUUCACAAAGAGAAGGCUGAAAAGCUAGAAAAACCUGAAAAGAAAAUCACACCUAAAGUAACUCACAAAGAAAAACCAGAAAAAGAAAAACCAGCAAAGGAAAAACCAGCAAAAGAAAAACCAGCAAAAGAAAAACCAGAAAAGAAAGCAAGUCACAAGGAUAAACAUGAGAAAAAAGGAAAACCAGAAGCAAGAACACUACUAAAAGAUGAAAAGAAGAGUAAAGGCUCAAAAGCUGAAGAAAAGAGUAAGAAGGAAGUGAAAAGUGGAAAAUCAGAGAAGGUGAAGCAAGCUGAUACCAAAGCAAAAAAGGAGAAAACACCAGCUAAACCCAAAGGCAAGGAAGAAAAAGGAGCUGCAACUGUCUCAAAAAAUGAACAGAAAGAUCAGUUUGCAUUCUGUCGCUAUAUGAUUGACAUGUUUGCCCAAGGGGAUUUAAAACCAGGUCAAAGUCCAGCGAUACCUCCUCCACUACCUGUUGGGCAAGUUUCCCAACCCGAACUGGCAACAUCAGCUCUUAAAGAAAAAGUAGGAGAAAAGAAGAAAAUUCCUGCAAAGAAAGAAACUUCUGAAAUUGAUAUAGAAAAGGAAGACGUCAAGAAGAAAACUUCUGAGAAGGAGGCUAUAGUUGAGGUUAAAAAAAAAGAGAGUGGGAAAGCUUCUGAAGCCAAACAAGGGACUAUAAAAGUGGCUACACAAGGUUCUAAGAUAACAAAGUCGGCAGACGUAGACCGUCCUAAAGAAAAAAAACAGGAAAAGAAAGACAAAAACGCGGAACCAGCCCCAAGUGAAAAACAAGUAAAAUCAAAAACUGAACGAAGCAAAGCAGUAGUUGCUGCUGCCUCAACAAAAAAAGCAGCCACAGAAAAGGAUGAAGAAAAAUCAAUCCAGGAAGAUGAUCAAGGUAAAAAAAAAUGAAGCGCGUUGACAUUAUCUCCUUUAGAAAAACAACUUCACGAGGAGGAAAACACUGGAUUCAGACAGGCAGAAGACAAUAACCUUUAAAUUCAUUGCUCCAUUAGUGAUUGUUUCCCUGUGCCACAGAAAAUUUGAGCCCACCAUCUUGGCUUGUCUCUCAUUCAUGUAAUUCAAUUUGAGAACAGGCAGACCUUACCAAGCACAUCAUUACUUCUCAAGAAAAAUAAGGCUGCUGGAAACAAGAAAAAUAAUUAUGGGACUCACAACCAGGUUUUUGUUCUAUUUGCUAGUCCAGCAUCACCAGUAAUAAAUCAGUUUAUUCUCCUGA